AUGGACAUACCAGGAAGCAGUUCUCUCGCGAAGGCCACUCUAUUUCACAAACACACGCGCCGUUUUGAAUGUAAACGAUCAAUGUGCCACGAAGAUCAGUUCAAUGGUGAAAGAAGUCCAGAUGAGCUCAUUUCGAGCAGGCUCACUAUCUCUGACGAUGAGUCCCCUUUUCAAUCAUUUUCGAGGCAUCUGAGGCAUUACACUUCCCGAAAGCUCAAGCAUCGAUCUGGUGCGUAUGACGCCUUCUUUUGCAUAUCCAAGUUGUUAUAUGAUGAUGAUGAUGAUGAUGAUAAAUGGGUUACCUCGAGGACCGAUCUACCGACAUGGUCAUGGUCUUCGAUUAUGGGACUAUCUGAUGAUGAUCAGAUUCACUACCAAGCAACAGAGGUCUUCAACAUUAGCCCUGAUUCCAAUAAUCCGGAUGAUGACUGGCAGAUCUAUAUGGCCAUUGCAUGUAGGGAAGGAUGUGUGGCAGAGCAUAUACCGUCACUCCUUUUCUUCCCCACGACUCAUGACUUCGUAGUAAGACCGGGAGGAGUCAUAGCAACAAAAUGUCAAGCAGCGUUUCUCCAUCUGUCUCCAAGGCCUUCAUAUUCCUCCAACAUCAUCAACGAAGAUGGAGAACGAAUCGGGGAAUUGUGCGGGGAUACAGCAAGACUCAGAAGAGAACAGGGGCUCUGGCUACUUCGCCUGGCCAUGGCGCACCAUCGAACCUCACGUUCGAAUUCAUUGCCAUUUCGUUGUCUGGCAUCAGGAUCAUGCCUUAUUGGGCCGAAAAAAUCUUAUGAUGUUAAUGGCAACGCCCUGGCUAAGGUGCCAAUUGUGAAUGUUUUGAUGAUUACCCGAGACGGGGAUUUUGCACGUCGUCGUGAGCUUUGGCUGGGUAUGCUUGGUUGA